AUGGCAGAGGACCCAACAGCGACAUAUUAUCGACUGAAAAACAGCUCAGUGUGUCUGAAUGUCAGGAAACCGCCACCAUAUAAACGUGGUGAAUGGAAAUUUAACACAAUAAUUAUUGUUGAUGGUACAGAAAUCAAUCCAAUAUACAAAGACAGAGUGGUUUAUACUGCUGGGAACCUCUCCCUGUGUAUUAAUAACUUGGCUGAUACAGACACUGGCAUAUAUGAACUCUCAUACCGCCUUAACUUUGCUUCAGUGUCAGAGAAACAUCAAGUCAUUGUUCAAGAUGUGGUUCCCAGACCUGUCAUUAUAAUGUCAAAGCUUGGCUCCAACCAGUCUGCUGGACUCUGCAGUAUCACAGUAAACUGCUCCAUCCAGGAUUAUUGGCUUUGGUCUGUUUGUGAUGAAGACGGCUGCAGAACAUCCCAGAAAUCAUUCAGUGAGGUCAACAUCACCAUCUUCACUGAGAACAGAGCUGUGGUCUGCAGAGGCAACAACCAUGUUAGCACAAAUAAAGCUUCUGAAAAGUUAACACUGUGUUUUAUAUCUAAUAAAGAUGAAGAGAAAUCACAACAACUCAUACUAAAAGGAAUACUUAUUCCUGUUUCUAUAUUAAUUAUCCUCGGAGCAUUUUCCUUCUGUUUAAUUAAAACAAAAUACAUAUCCUACCAGUCUAGAGUCUCAUCUUCCAAUGAUCCUGGCCCUGUUUAUGAGAGCGUGGACAUCUUUCAGUCCAACCAGACCAGCAGCUCAAGAGAGGAAAUGAUCUCCAUGGAAAGCCACAAAGCAGAUACCAUCUACGCCUGUCCAGAAGUGACGGUCUGCUCUGGCAACAACACACAAAGUGCCACCAUGGAGAAGGCACAGGCCUCCAAACAGAUUGACUCAGUUUACAGCAUGUUGCAGAAUUAAAUUAAAUUAAUUAUUUAAUGGUGUAUUUAAUUAAUUCAUUUUGGCAAAGUUGACUCCUUCAGCUCUCACCAUGAAAUAAUUUUAUCUGUCAACCUCACCCAUCAAACCCAGGGGGCGUUGUUAACGCUGAUCGAGUCAAAACCAUUGCUUUGGCCUGGUGACCAUUUUUUUUAGUUUCUGCACACCAACAACCGGCAUGUGGAAACUAACAGAACUGUACUUUGAAAAACCCUGUUUGUGUGUCACCAGAUACAGUUUUAAUGUUUUUUAGCCGAGAAUGUGUUGGUUCAAUCUUCUGAUAUCUGGUCGGUUUGUCGACGAGCCUCUUUGCAAAAGUGCUUCAAUGAUUUCGGAGAUGUCUGCCCAGUCUCACAGCAAAGCGUGGGAUAGACCUGCUCGCCUCGCAAGCGCUCAAGCUGUUAUUACUGCCGACAAAGUGCAGGUCCCAGUACACAGCUGCCAUAACCCCCACUGAACACUGACUUCAUUUAUUGAGGUUAUAUUUAUAUUGUAUUGUUUUUAAUUCAUUAUGUCACUCCUGACUUUCCAUACAAAAGCAGCUCACUUUCUGGUCAGUAUUUACUUUAAAAUAAACAGCGUUUUUGUUUCUUGUUCUUUUUAAACAUACUUUAAUAACAUUGUAGAUACAAGUGUAAAAACAAGUACAAAGUGCAGGAUUUUCUCAUCUGUCCUGUUGUUAACCAUUUUAAUGUACUUGAUAUAAUUUUGACUGUAACUGUUUGCUUUAUAUGGAUAUAGUACAUGUGUAUCAUUCAUUUCAUUGUUUAGUGAUGAAUUUCAAGUGAAAGUUUCUGUUUAUUUUAUUUUUCAAAAAAUAACAGUUAUUCAGAAACAAUUAUAACCUGUUAUUGUAAUGUACAUACCAAAGCCAUAUUAAAAUGACUCUGCGCCAACAUGA